AUGAAUAACGACGUGAUUGGCCUGGUCUCAGGCCUUUUCAACACGGCCUUUUCUGUCUUAAUCCCGUUACGCCUAUGGCGGCUUCGGAAAGAGCCUAUAAAAGUCAUCCCAGGAUAUUCUGGCUUCUCAUCGCUGAUAAUAACAGGCCUGCUUCUCAUGGCGAACUUUUAUUCUUUGGCAACAGAUAUCUUGCAGAAAGAUCGCUAUCACUUUCUAGUGUCAAUUUCCUCUUUCGUCGCUACAGCGCUUCUUUGCCCUCUGCUGUACCUGGAACAUGUGCGCUCAACCAAACCAGCCGAUCUCGCUGUUAUCUUCUUGCUCGUAUCUUUGGUGUGUGACUUGGGUUUUGCUAUGCAAGAGGGUCUUGAGGAGUGGUUGGUACCGACCACCAAGAGUACUCUAAAGUUUCUUCUCAUCGCCGCAGAAAGCCGAAGCAAACAAGGGAUUCUCAAGAGUCCCUACUCUUCCCAAUCUCCAGAACAGCUAGCAGGAAUUCUAAGCAGAACAUUCUUCUGGUGGAUCAAUCACAUUCUCGCCUUGGGGAACCAGAUCAUUCUUUCCUGUGAAGAUCUUCCUCCGAUUGACCACCUCCUUUCUUCGGAGAAGCUCCGUCAUGAUGGCUUAAAGGCGUGGGACCAGAGGACCAGACCAUUGACCAAGACAACACUACCCAUCUGCCUCGUGAAGAGUAUGCUACCUCAGUUCAUGGUACCAGUUAUCCUUCGACUAUGCCUGAUAUUCUUUCGUUACGCGCAGCCGGCUCUCAUUAGCUCAGCGGUUCAUGAACUAAGCAGCCACUCCGAAGGAGGUAGGCUUAUGCUGAUCAUGAAAGCCGCUGCGGUCUACUUCGGUUUAGCAGUUUUUGAAGCAGUAUACCACCAUCGGUUGAACAGACUCAGCGUCAUGACCAAAGGGACACUCAUCGGGCUUAUCAAUAACGCAGCUCUGCGGCAGUCAUCAAGCAGCUAUAACGACGGUAUAGCCCUAACUUUAAUCAGCACAGAUACGGAGAGCGUGAUGAGAUUCGCGAGCAUGUUCCAUGAGACUUGGGCGCAUGUACUUGAGGUCAUAAUCGGAAUGGCAAUGUUGGCUCGACAAAUCCGCUGGGCCGCGCCAGUACCUCUAGUGAUUAUCUUCUUUUGCUCUAGAAUGAGUCGGUACCUGGCCAAAAACCUGCAAAGCAAGCAGAAGGCGUGGAAUGAAGCGACACAGAGACGAAUCUCGCUGACGGCAUCUGCGCUCUCAUCAAUGAAGAUGAUGAAGAUGCUUGGAUCUUCCAGACAAACCGAAGCUUUGAUUCAGAAGCUUCGGGCCCAAGAAUUAGAGAUGGCGAAAAAGGUGCGGUGGAUGAUGGUCGCGUAUAACGCCAGUGCCAAUGCUCUCGGAAUCUUCUCUCCUAUACUAACAUUUGUCAUAUUCGUGAUGUAUGCUAACCUACGUGGGUCGACUCUGGAUGCCGAGACUGCAUUUACGACAACAGCGCUUCUUGGGCUGGUGACCCACCCAGCAAAUAUGAUCAUGACUAUUGUUCCCCGUGCCAUUGGCUCUUUGGCUGCUUUCCGAAGAAUCCAAGACUAUCUCGUCCGGCCUGGUCGAGCUGAUGAGAGACGUUUGCUCGAGCCAAGUACAAAGGACGAUGAUUCUUCAUCAGCCAUUUGCUUUGAAGGAGUCACUGUUCAGCCCCGUUCAGCACCCCGCCCAGUUCUCGAAAAUAUCAGUUUCGCCGUCAAUGAGGGCACAAUUUUCAUAUGCGCUGGAGCAGUUGGAAGCGGAAAGACAGUUCUCGCCCAGUGCAUUUUAGGUGAAAUCCCGACUUCGAGCGGGACAAUCUCAGUUUCCACCAAGCGGAUCGCUUACUGCGAACAAACGCCCUGGUUGCCGAGUGGAACUCUGAAAGAAGCAGUUUGUGGGUUCGGAAAGUUUGAGCACAAUUGGUACAGGCAUGUUGUCAAGCUUUGCUGCCUCGAUGAGGAUAUUUUAGCCUUGCCACUCGGUAAUGACACUGUCAUAGGGAGUCGGGGCCUGAAGCUCUCUGGAGGUCAAAGACAGCGUUUGGCACUCGCCCGUGCUUUAUAUGCUCGGUGCAAAAUUGUGGUUCUCGACGACAGCUUCUCAGCUCUAGACCACAACACAGAAAGAAAGGUCGUUUCUAAUCUUCUAGGGACUCAAGGACAUUUCCGCAAGACAGGCACUACAGUCGUCUUAAUUGCCAACUCGACUAAACACUUUGACCUGGCGGACUCGUUGAUCAUUCUGGAGAGCGGAAGAGUCACCUACCAAGGGUCACCAAUCGCAAUUAAUGAAGAAGCGGUGCAUUUGCGUCACACGCAUGCCAACGCUACAGUGGCUGAAGCCAACACAGGUCUUGUCGAAACCAACAAGACAAUCCAGAGCCAAGCUCUCGAAGUAACUGAGGCUGUGGCUGAUUUGGCUAGAUCAACAGGAGACUUCACUCUAUAUGGAUAUUACCUGAAAGCUGUUCAUCCGCGUAAUUUCUUCAUACUACUCUCUUGUACAGCUUCAUAUUCAUUCUUUGUGACCUUUCCACAGUAUUGGCUGCAGAAGUGGACGGAAUCACCAGGUUCACAGACGAAAUUCUAUAUCGGAGGAUACCUCAUCCUUUCACUGUUAGCCUGGAUAGCCACGAAUGGGUCAAUGUGGUCUACUCAUAUGUUGAUUGCACCAACAUCGGGUGUUGGACUCCACCGACGUUUACUCUCCACUGUAUUUGGCGCGCCAUUGCUGUUCUUCUCAGUUACAGAGACGGGUUCAAUACUGAAUCGGUUCAGUGAAGAUAUACAACUUGUUGACAAGAGCCUGCCUCCAGCAAUUCUGUCUCUUUCCAACCAAAUCUUCAAGCUUCUGGUGCAAGCCGCUCUCCUCUUCAAUGCCCAAAAACUGCUGACUGCCACACUGCCGUUAUGCGUUUUGAUAGUCUAUGUUGUGCAGCGGGUGUACCUGCGAACAUCUCGACAACUUCGUCUGCUUCAACUAGAGUCGCAGUCUGCUGUCUACUCAAGCUUCCUUGAGUCCGUCGAAGGUAUCGUCAGCAUCCGGUCGUUUGGCUGGGUGAAGCAAGCAGAGAGCAGUAACAUGGACUGUCUCGAUAAGUCCCAGCAACCAGCGUACAUCCUUCUGUGCUUGCAGCUCAGGCUCAAUAUUGUUCUCGACUUACUCAUUGCCACUAUGGCAGUGAUUCUGAUCACUUUAGCAGUAUUAUUAGAGGGAAGCACAACAGCCGGACAGAUCGGCAUGUCUUUGAACAUUGUCCUUGUUGCCAACUCAACGCUUUUAUCACUUGUUACAUCGUGGACGAAUUUGGAGAUAUCUCUCGGUGCAAUAUCUCGUUUGAAGACGCUGGAAGAAGACACAGUAGCAGAAGAGCAGCCAGUGUCCGGAGCAAUAGUCCCGGAGUCUUGGCCUUCACGUGGGGCGCUUCAGGUCCAUGGUCUGUCGGUCUCUUACGAAGAGACACACGUGCCUGCAUUGAAGAGCAUCAACCUAUCCAUUGAGCCCGGUCGACAUUUGGUGAUUUGCGGCAGAACUGGCAGUGGGAAAAGCACUCUCCUCCUGGCCUUGCUCCGCCUUCUCGACACCCAAUCGGGAUGUAUCGAAGUUGACGGUAUCGACUUGAGCCUGGCCUCACUGUCAGUCAUACGAGAACGAUGCUUGAUUAUUGUCACGCAAGAUCCAUUUCUGCUCGCACAGGCCAGCCUUCGUUUCAACUUGGAUCCUUCAGAGAUUCUUUCCGACAGUGUCAUCAUGAAGGCACUUCAGCGAACUGGACUCUCUCGACAUUUCGACACUGAUCCGGAGGUACAGUUGGUAGACAUCCUGGAUGAACCUCUCAGUUCGCUGCCUCACAUGUCAACUGGCCAAACGCAGUUAUUUGCCUUGACUAGAGCUAUCCUACGAGCAGAGCAUUCUUCAGCCACGGAAGCAAAACCUAUUCUUCUUCUGGACGAGGCAACAUCAUCGGUCGACGGGCUCACAGAGUCUACGAUGCGGGACAUCAUUAGAGACGUUUUUACAAAUAACGGACAUACUGUGAUUGAGAUUACACAUCGGUUGUCUGGAUUCGAGGAUGUCGCUAGAACUGGAGGAGAGAGUCGACAAGUGAGAGUCGUUCUUCUUUCGAAGGGGGAGAUUCAGAGCCAGGGAAGAAUUGAGGAUAUGCUCGACUUUGACAACGAGUCUUAG